CUUCGCAACAUGGGGUUAUUCGGACAUGGAAUGACAACAUAUAAGCGUACCGUUGCACGAUAAUCCAUAAUACUCUGCAGUCGUGUUAUCUUUUGGGCCGGAUUCGGCCUGGCUUCCUGGCAUCAGUAUGGAUGAUCCCCCCGCCGUGGUCAACCGCGAAGACCCCGUUCCUGUCAUUUCAGUCUCCUCGCAUUCAGUCGAGAACAGUCCCAGUGCAACUGGAGAUAAAACUGGCCAUGAUUCUGUCGGAUCCGGGAUCUCAGCCCGGCGACUGAAAAAUAAGUUCAAAGGCAUGAAAUCCGAGGCCAAAGCACUGAGCGAUUGGGCAACUGGAUCCUCUUUGCAGGAACUGCUGUUAACAAAAUUAUGGGAGCAGGUUAUACCCGUUGAAGAUCGGGGAGAAGAGGCCGAUUUUCUGACCAACAAACCCUCCGCUAUAAACAUCGGCCGGCCUGCAUUCAGCCUUCCUGCAAUGAGCAACAACUUUCGACGUUUUAAUGCUAGAAUCGGGAUUGUAUUUUCUUUCCAAGAGCGUGUGAUUAACGUCCUGAGCUGGCAAACUUCAACGCACACAUUGUCUUUCCUAUCCGUCUAUUCGUUUAUAUGUCUAAAUCCAUAUUUACUUAUAAUUCUCCCAUUUGCUGUAUUUUUACUUUUCAUUAUGGUGCCGGGAUUUCUUGCUCGUCAUCCACCUCCGCCCGUUUCCGCAUCAACCUCCAGCCCCACCGCAUACUACUCGUAUGAAGGGCCUGCUCUUGCUCCAGCGCAGACCAUCAAACCCGCUUCAGAAACUUCAAAGGACUUCUUCCACAAUAUGCGAGACCUCCAGAAUAGUAUGGCAGAUUUUGCGAAUCUGCACGAUGCCACCGUGUCGCUGUUAUCUCCGGCUACGAAUUUUUCUAACGAAAUACUAUCAUCUACGCUUUUUCUUAUACUCACCGUUCUAUCUGCUAUUUUGUUUCUAACCGCUCAUCUUAUCCCAUGGCGCACGUUGUUCUUGAUUGGUGGGAACGCCGCUAUUCUCGGAAGCAAUCCCAGCGUUGCAGCUUUUAUGCAACAAAUAAGGAGUCAAAUGAAAGAAGCAGCCACUGAAUUCCAAAAUACGGCCGAUGACGACUUCUACAUCAUUUUGGGAAUCCCGAUUCCAUCAUCACCAUCAGCACUCCUUACGUUACUUAAAUCCGCUGCUGCAAUUUCCCUUGAUACGUACGCUGAGGAGCGAGAAGUGGAAAUUUUUGAGCUCCAGCACAAAUCGCUGUCGCCAUACUCAGCAGCUUCCGAAUGGGAAUCGUUCGUUUUCACCCCCACGCCCUAUGAUCCGUUAUCUCCAUCUCGUAUCGCAGGCGAUCGACCAAGGGGUACUCGGUUUUUCGAGGAUGUCAAGCCCCCGCCAGGCUGGAAGUGGAAGGGCAAGAAGUGGCAGCUAGACCUCGAAUGUCGCGAGUGGGUGAUAGAGCGGAUGAUUACGGGUGUCGGAUUUGAGGUUCCGGGCUACUCCAGCGGCGAUGCAGUAUCUGAAGAAGUGGGAGGCUGGGUCUGGGAUUUACCAUUCCAUCCUCCUGAUGAGGACGCAUAUAACGAUGAUGUCUUGGUGUAUGGGGACAAUCGUGAAACAAAGGAAAAAGCCAAGGCUGAACAGGAAGAGUCCAAGGGGAAGUUAGCUAAGGGGAACUUUGAAGAGAGCCUCGCAAAGAUUGAGGGUACGGGAGAAUGGAGGAGGCGGAGAUGGGUUAGAGUUGUUCAGCGUGCCAGUGUCGAUGACAGCGGUUCUGCAUAA